CUCCUCCUGCCGCCAGCGAACUUGGCCAUUCAGUCGCGGUCCCCGCUGCGCGCCCUCGUGCCUCCGCCUGGGAAGCCGGCGCUGUUUCCCCAGCCCAGAGGAAGAUGGCAAAGGUGGCUAAGGACCUCAACCCCGGAGUUCAAAGGAUGUCCCUGGGCCAGCAGCAGUCAGCAAGAGGUGUGCCUUGUCUGAGAUGCAAGGGGACGUGCUCAGGCUUCGAGCCACAUCCAUGGAGGAAAAUAUGCAAAUCCUGCAAGUGCAGCCAAGAGGAUCACUGCCUAAGUUCCGACCUGGAAGAUGACCGGAAAAUUGGCCGUUUGCUGAUGGACUCCAAGUAUUCCACUCUCACAGCCCGGGUGAAAGGCGGGGAUGGCAUCCGGAUCUAUAAGAGGAACCGGAUGAUCAUGACUAACCCCAUUGCCACUGGGAAGGAUCCCACCUUUGACACCAUCACCUACGAAUGGGCUCCCCCAGGAGUCACCCAGAAACUGGGUCUCCAGUACAUGGAGCUCAUCCCGAAGGAGAAGCAGCCAGUGACAGGCACCGAGGGUGCCUAUUACCGCCGGCGCCAGCUCAUGCAUCAGCUGCCCAUCUACGACCAGGACCCCUUGCGCUGCCGCGGACUUUUGGAGAACGAGUUGAAACUGAUGGAGGAAUUUGUCAAGCAAUAUAAGAGUGAGGCUCUUGGUGUGGGAGAGGUGGCCCUCCCAGGGCAGGGUGGCUUACCCAAGGAGGAAGGGAAGCAACAGGAAAAGCCAGAGGGUGCAGAGACCGCCGCCCCAACCACCAACGGCAGCAUCGGGGACCCAUCCAAAGACGUGGAAUAUGUCUGCGAGCUCUGCAAGGGGGUGGCCCCUGCAGACAGCCCUGUGGUCUACUCGGACAGGGCAGGCUACAGCAAGCAGUGGCAUCCAACCUGCUUCGUGUGUGCCAAGUGCUCUGAGCCGCUGGUGGAUCUCAUCUACUUCUGGAAGGAUGGUGCACCCUGGUGUGGCCGCCAUUACUGUGAGAGCCUGAGACCCCGGUGCUCCGGCUGUGAUGAGAUAAUAUUCUCGGAGGACUACCAACGUGUGGAAGACCUGGCCUGGCACCGAAAGCAUUUUGUCUGCGAGGGCUGCGAGCAGCAACUGAGUGGCCGGGCGUACAUCAUCACCAAGGGUCAGCUCCUCUGCCCAACUUGCAGCAAAUCGAAACGCUCCUGAAGGGCUGCCCGCCCACAUCCAGAGUCCACAGGAUCCAGCCGAGGAGAGCCAUUGUGUGCUGAAGACAUCCUAAGGUGCUGACAUGACAGCCAGAGAGCAACGUGAACAUUGAUUGUAGGUUGAGUGGUAAUGGAUCCUGGAGGGUCACUAAUUUCAAAAAGCCAAAAAUGUUCUAAGAAGUCUUAGGCUGGAAUUGUUUUUGCUGUUGUCGUUAUUGUUGUUUCCCAGCUACAACCAACUAAAGGCACAAAAUAGCAUCCCACAAGGGACCUCUAGGAGGCAUUUCCCAGAAUGCAAUUCUGAGUGAUCAAACCGCAUAGUUGUAGAAUGUGCAUGCUUGUUCGUAACCAUGGAGCUCCUCCAGGAGGGGCAGGCUGGAAUCCCAACCACCACUUGUUGCCUCCUUUUCAAAUGGAAUUUGAAUGUUAAAAAACAACUUUCUUUGGCAUGAUAAACAUAUCAAUAAAAGUUUUAUGAAUCCCUCGUA